GACGGUUCCUGCCGGGCUUCCUGUCCGGUGUCUUAGCUUAGAAGUGCACCAGCGGGCGGCAUGUCGCGGCGGCGGCACAGCGACGAGAAUGACGGGGGACAGCCUCACAAAAGGAGAAAGACCUCUGAUGCAAACGAAACGGAAGAUCAUUUGGAAUCUUUGAUAUGCAAAGUUGGAGAAAAGAGUGCCUGCUCCCUGGAGAGCAACCUGGAGGGCCUUGCUGGGGUUUUGGAAGCUGACCUUCCGAACUACAAGAGCAAGAUAUUACGGCUGCUCUGCACAGUAGCACGUCUGUUACCUGAGAAGUUGACAAUUUAUACAACAUUAGUUGGACUGCUGAAUGCCAGGAAUUACAACUUUGGUGGAGAGUUUGUAGAAGCCAUGAUUCGUCAACUUAAAGAAUCGUUGAAAGUAAACAAUUAUAAUGAAGCUGUGUAUUUGGUCCGUUUUCUGUCUGAUCUUGUGAACUGUCAUGUGAUAGCCGCCCCGUCAAUGGUGGCGAUGUUUGAGAACUUUGUCAGUGUGACUCAGGAAGAGGAUGUGCCUCAGGUGCGACAGGAUUGGUACGUGUAUGCCUUUCUCUCGUCUCUGCCCUGGGUUGGAAAGGAAUUGUACGAAAAGAAAGAUGCAGAGAUGGAUCGCAUCUUUGCCAACACGGAAAGCUACCUGAAGAGACGCCAAAAGACUCACAUACCUAUGUUACAAGUAUGGACUGCUGAUAAGCCACACCCCCAGGAAGAGUAUUUAGAUUGCCUGUGGGCCCAGAUUCAGAAACUGAAAAAGGACCGCUGGCAGGAACGGCACAUCCUAAGACCCUAUCUUGCCUUUGACAGCAUCCUGUGUGAAGCACUACAGCACAACCUGCCUCCCUUCACUCCCCCUCCUCACACGGAAGACUCUAUGUACCCGAUGCCAAGGGUCAUCUUCAGAAUGUUCGACUACACAGAUGACCCUGAGGGUCCCGUUAUGCCUGGGAGCCAUUCAGUGGAAAGGUUUGUGAUAGAGGAGAAUCUCCACUGCAUCAUCAAAUCCCACUGGAAGGAGAGGAAGACUUGUGCUGCACAGCUGGUGAGCUAUCCGGGGAAAAACAAGAUCCCCUUGAACUACCACAUAGUUGAGGUGAUCUUUGCAGAGCUGUUUCAGCUGCCAGCACCCCCGCACAUCGACGUGAUGUACACGACGCUUCUCAUUGAACUCUGCAAACUCCAGCCGGGCUCUCUGCCCCAAGUGCUUGCUCAGGCGACAGAAAUGUUAUACAUGCGUUUGGACACGAUGAAUACUACGUGCGUAGACAGGUUUAUUAAUUGGUUUUCCCAUCAUCUAAGUAACUUCCAGUUCCGGUGGAGCUGGGAAGAUUGGUCAGAUUGUCUUACUCAAGAUCCCGAAAGUCCCAAACCAAAGUUUGUAAGAGAAGUGCUGGAAAAGUGUAUGAGGUUGUCUUACCAUCAGCGUAUACUAGAUAUUGUUCCUCCUACCUUCUCAGCUCUAUGUCCUGCAAACCCAACCUGCAUUUACAAAUACGGAGAUGAAAGUAGCAACUCUCUUCCUGGACACUCCGUUGCCCUCUGUUUAUCUGUUGCCUUUAAAAGUAAGGCGACCAAUGAUGAAAUCUUCAGCAUUCUGAAAGACGUACCAAAUCCUAACCAGGAUGACGAUGACGAUGAAGGAUUCAGUUUUAAUCCAUUGAAAAUAGAAGUCUUUGUACAAACUCUCCUGCACUUGGCAGCCAAAUCGUUCAGCCACUCCUUCAGCGCUCUUGCAAAGUUUCAUGAAGUCUUCAAAACGCUAGCUGAAAGUGAUGAGGGAAAGUUGCAUGUCCUGAGAGUCAUGUUUGAGGUCUGGAGGAACCAUCCACAGAUGAUUGCGGUCCUUGUGGACAAGAUGAUCCGGACACAGAUUGUUGACUGUGCUGCAGUAGCCAAUUGGAUCUUCUCUUCUGAGCUCUCUCGUGAUUUCACUAGAUUGUUUGUUUGGGAAAUCUUGCACUCCACGAUUCGUAAGAUGAGCAAACAUGUUCUGAAGAUCCAGAAAGAGCUGGAAGAAGCUAAGGAGAAGCUGGCGAGGCAGCACAAACGGCGAAGUGAUGACGAUGACAGAGGCAGUGACAGGAAAGACGGGGCUCUUGAGGAGCAGAUAGAAAGGCUGCAGGAGAAAGUGGAAUCGGCUCAGAGCGAACAGAAGAACCUCUUCCUCGUCAUAUUUCAGCGUUUUAUCAUGAUCUUGACAGAACACUUAGUACGAUGUGAAACCGAGGGGACCAGUGCACUCACACCGUGGUACAAGAACUGUACAGAGAGGCUUCAGCAGAUCUUCUUACAGCAUCACCAAAUAAUCCAGCAGUACAUGGUGACCUUGGAGAACCUGCUCUUCACUGCCGAAUUAGACCCUCACAUCCUGGCUGUUUUCCAGCAGUUCUGUGCCCUGCAGGCCUAAGGGUUAUGUUUUCCUUCUUGUCAAGGUUUUUUUAAAAUAUCUUAAAAUCAUUUGUCUU